GUUCGUUAUCCCGUUGGCUCCCGUGUUAUUCCCGACUUAAUCCGGGAGCUGUGUGGUUGUGCAGGUUGUGAAGUGGGACAGUUGUUGGCGUUAAGUGAUAUUCCGGAAUCCUGUUUUAGUGACAAUUCGAAUGCUGCUACUCCGCCACGCGUGAUGGUACACAGAGAAAGUUUAUUUUUAUAAUAAUAGCAAAACCAUAUGUGCAAAAGAGCUCAACAAACACCACAUGUCAAUUAUAACUACCUCUACAUAGAGAUUACUGAACUUUGAAGGUAAAUGAACUUAGCAAUAUGGCUGACUAUGAUAUUAUACCUUGCUAUGACGAUGACGAACUGUUCCAAGACAGGAACGACAGUAUUACAGACUUACACGCUUAUUAUAUGUCGCAAUUUAAUCUAGAACUAGAGAAUAAUAAAAGUAAAAUGAAGGUAGACACGUUUAAGUAUGGUGUUGAAGAAAGUUUCGACUUUGAAGUUUUGGAAGCGUACAAUAACGUAAACAAUACGAAUAUAGGAACUGAUUUCGAAAUGCUAGAUGAAGUUAUUGAUAGUAACAUUAACGAACAAAACAUAAAAGAAGUUUUACUCGAUCUAGAUAGUAUAGAUUUCGACGAUAAUACGAACAAAGUUGACAAUUAUAAGGAUCAAACGAAAUCUUAUGAGACUAAUCCAGAUUACAUCGACGACGAAUCGUUGAUUGAUGGGCUUUGUAGAGAAGAUUCCGAAUCUUGCCGACUGACACCGGAGUUUAACGAAGACUGUGCGUCAAGUAAUGAAAAGAAUCUUUUACCGUCUAUAGAGACUGCCUUUUCGAAACGUUACUGCAACUAUAAUAUUGAGGAGAGCAAUUUGCAAGACUUUAACAUAAAUUCAACAGCUUUAUCAAAUACAAACAAUGUUGUGAACAGCAUUGAACAUUACAGCUACCCUAACAACAUAUUGUAUAAUUUAGACAACGAAAAGAAGUAUAUAUUACCCGAUACACCAACCAGUUGUACGGAAUUCAGCUUUGAUAGAAAUGAAAGGAAGAUAUCCAUUUCGGAGUCUAUUGAGAGUGACGUGCAGAGUUCUGGUUAUUAUGAUGACAACUCCGAAACAUUUGAUGAAGAGGACUUAUUCGUCAAUUUGGAUGAGUUUGGCCUGACUUUGGAGAGGGACACUGAUGUUGAACAACGGAAUCAGAGCCAGAGGAAGGUUGAUAAAGAAAAGGCGCAAGGUGAAAGAGCUUGUCUGUGGGAGCAUUGCUACGAGAAAUAUCCAAAUCAAAACACUUUAGUGGAACACAUUGAGAGAGCUCACGUCAACACAUACAAAGGUGAUGAGUUCAGCUGCCUGUGGAAAGACUGCGCACGCGCACGCCGUCCCUUCAAUGCGCGGUACAAGCUCCUCAUUCACAUGCGCGUACAUUCUGGACACAAGCCGAAUAGAUGUCAUCACCCCGGUUGCGGCAAAGCGUUCUCGCGUCUGGAGAAUCUGAAGAUCCACGUGCGCUCCCACACGGGCGAGAGGCCGUACGCAUGUCCAGCGCCGCACUGCAGGAAGGCCUUCUCUAACUCCUCGGACAGAGCCAAGCAUCAGAGGACGCAUUUUAAUGCGAGGCCCUACGCUUGCGGUGCUGCAGGCUGCGGCAAGCGAUACACAGAUCCAUCCUCACUUCGGAAGCACGUGAAGUCACAUCCACACAUCACUAAUGUCCCGAGGACUUGUCUGCCACCCUCCAGACCUAUGAGAAGACCAGAUCAGGAGCAGCUGGUACCCAGUUCUCCUGCCAAGCUCACCACCUUGAGAUGUAUUAGAGAUAAACUCACAGUGCCUAGGUUACAACGACUAUAAGGUCUAAAUUGAUUACUUUAGUGACAGCCAGGCUCUCGGACGAUAACUCAUCAUUUCUUAAUGAGAAUGGACUAUACAGUUCAGAUUCCAUAUUCAAAGAGGUAUAGUUUGGCCAAAGAUUAACCAAAAAUACUAUCAAGUUAUAUUGUAAACAAUAUUGUUAUCGCUAGAAUGGUUGAUUUUUUUUAUAGUAUAACGUAGUUUGGACAAGGCCCAGUUAUCAGGGUAAAGGUAAAUUAGUUUUAUCAAAUAAUAAGCUCAAAGAUUAGUGUUAAUAUACGAGGAAGGUUGAUUACUGAGUUGUGUUAAUAAGUUGAGAAGAAGAGUAUUUGGCAAUAGAUUUACUAAGCUAAUUGAUCGCAAUACUCCGUACUACUACGAAUAAAAAACAUCAAUGUAGUGAUCAAACUAACCGCCUAAACGAUACCAAUCUCUUUUUUUGAUCCAUAGGCAAUAUCCAACAAUCAAAACUAAGUUUUUUAACAUCCUUACAAAAGACAUUUUGAUUGGUUGAUUCUCGGUGAAAGUUCCACAAUUCAGAUUGAAUUUCUUUAAUUAAAACGGGCGUUAGUAAACUAAAAUCAUUUGUUUAAAAAUCUUUAUGGAUAAGAAUUUCAUUGCUCAAUAUGAAAGCUCAAGCCUUACAAGUUCUAUAUUUAUUUACAAUAUCAUAAGGAGACAUUGUUUUUAAACGAUGCUAGUAAAAUCUUUGAAGUAGUAAAGAUAAUAAAUUUUAAAAACGUUUAAAAAUAGUACAUUUAAUAAAAGUAUUUACUGUACAAAAUUAGGGUAAGCAAAUCAAAGCUCAAUUUUAAGACUGAGAAUUGAAAAUUGGCUCAUCGUAACUUAAGUAGCUCUAAGUAUUAUACUGUUUAGUGUUUUGAACACAAAUAAUUUAGAGUUUUAGGAAUAAACGUUAUUGAGUUCAAUCAGCAUUUAGUGCCUUAUUCAUUUUCAGUUAUUUUUCUUGAUUUUUAUAUGAUAGUAUUGUGUAUAACUAUUUCCGCAAUAGCGUGUGAAUUUUUCAUAUUUCAUGUUUUAUUUUUACCCUAAAAUGCUGGAGUUUCGGUACCCACAAUAAUUAAACUAUCAUCAAAAUUUAUUCAGUCGUUUUACGUGAUGAGGAAAUAAAUUAAAACUCCACUAUAGUUGCGACCACAUAAAUUGUUAAGACAUCUUCAAGUUUCAGUUUAUAAUUAUUGUAUUAUGAUCACUGCUCUACCAAAGCAGAUGCAUGGUUUGGGCAAAUCUACUCAAUUGCUGAGUUACCUUUUAAUCUCGCAACCUCACCCACCUAGCCACAUUUUGCUUCCUCUGGAAUACAAGGACCACUAUUCGAUGUAAAUACUAGCUAAUGCUGAUUGGUAUUUGUGUUUAACACAUUUCUAAGAUGAAAUUAGGUUUGGGGACCAAUUAAUUAUGAUUUUUAUACUCCUACAAAGGGUUAAAAAGAUCUGUUAAAUGUAUUUACUUCCAAGUGCACCUAUUUUUGCUCAAUUAUUUUAUUGUAAAUGUUUUUUUUUAUUAUUUUUACACACCACAACAAUGCUGGGUGGUUUUAUACAUAGUUCGUAGUUAUAUGGGAGACUCAUUUGUUAAUUUCUAUUACUUCUUUCUGUUUUAAAGAGUAAUAAGUAAACUUAUUGAAUGAUUCUAUAAAUUAUAGACAAAAAAUGUUAUACCUAUAUUAUAAAGCGACAAAAUUAUAACACCUUUUGAAUCGUUUAAUCAAUUUUUAUUUGCUGUUUUUAGCAAUUCAAAAUAGAUAUUAACAAAUGGUUUGCGUUUUAUUAUAAUUAGUUUAUUUAGAUACUGUACAAAUGCUGCUUUCCAAAGAAUCUCGCUUUAGAUAUAUUUCUAAGUUUUCCAUUGAGAUCUCUUGUUUGCUCAUUAUUAUGAUGUUUUCAACAUCGAUGACAGUUGCUGUCGUUAUAUGCUCAUAAAUAAAAUUAAGUUCAACGUGAA